UUUUCCUCUGCAUCCCAGUCAUCAAUGGCGGCGGCUACUUCCUCCUUAUCUCCUGCCCUCUCCCCUGCUCCCCAAUUAUCCUCCGCAUCCAAAACCCAUGUGGCUCCCUCCAGUCUAGGGUUUUCAUCUGCGGUCUCCAAGUCUCUCAGCCCUCUGAGAGUCAAGGCCACCCACGGUGGUAAUAAUGUCUCCGGCGGCGGCUCAGCUCUCGGAGCUCGCAUGGUGUCAAUGCCGUCCAUUAAGCCCCCUCCGUCUCUCGAUUUCGAUACAUCUGUUUUCACCAAGGAGAAGAUCAACCUCGCUGGUCACGACGAGUAUAUUGUGAGAGGAGGAAGGGAUCUGUUCCACUUGCUGCCCGAUGCUUUCAAGGGUAUCAAGCAGAUUGGAGUUAUCGGUUGGGGUUCUCAGGGACCUGCUCAAGCUCAGAAUCUAAGAGAUUCCUUAGUUGAAGCAAAGUCUGACAUUGUUGUCAAGAUUGGACUCAGGAAGGGUUCUCGUUCUUUUGCUGAAGCUCGUGCAGCUGGUUUCACUGAGGAGAAUGGGACUUUGGGGGAUAUAUGGGAAACAAUCUCAGGCAGUGAUCUCGUGUUGCUACUAAUCUCUGAUUCUGCACAGGCCGAUAAUUAUGAGAAAGUAUUUUCACACAUGAAACCAAAUAGUAUACUUGGUCUUUCCCAUGGUUUUCUUCUAGGGCAUUUGCAGUCAGUGGGACUUGACUUUCCCAAGAACUUCAGUGUAAUUGCUGUAUGUCCCAAGGGGAUGGGUCCAUCUGUAAGGAGACUUUAUGUCCAAGGCAAAGAGAUAAAUGGUGCGGGAAUUAAUUCCAGUUUUGCAGUCCACCAGGAUGUUGAUGGUAGAGCCACAGAUGUGGCCCUGGGCUGGUCAGUUGCCCUUGGUUCUCCUUUCACAUUUGCCACUACACUAGAGCAGGAAUACAAAAGUGACAUCUUUGGUGAACGAGGCAUAUUACUUGGUGCUGUUCAUGGAAUUGUGGAGUCCCUGUUUAGAAGGUACACUGAAAAUGGAAUGAGUGAGGAUUUGGCUUAUAAAAACACUGUUGAAUGUAUAACUGGAAUUGUGUCAAGGACCAUCUCGGCUAAGGGAAUGUUAGAGAUUUACAACUCGUUGUCUGAAGAUGGCAAAAAGGAAUUUGAGGCUGCAUAUAGCGCCUCAUUUUAUCCAUGCAUGGACAUCUUGUAUGAAUGCUAUGAAGAUGUUGCCAGUGGCAGCGAGAUCCGCAGUGUUGUCUUGGCCGGUCGUCGCUUUUAUGAGAAGGAGGGUCUGCCUGCAUUCCCAAUGGGUAAAAUUGAUCAGACCCGCAUGUGGAAAGUUGGUGAGCGUGUCAGAUCAACAAGGCCAGCUGGUGAUCUAGGCCCAUUACACCCUUUCACUGCGGGUGUUUUUGUUGCGUUAAUGAUGGCACAGAUCGAAGUAUUGAGGAAGAAAGGACAUUCAUAUUCGGAGAUCAUUAAUGAAAGUGUUAUUGAGUCGGUGGAUUCUUUGAAUCCUUUUAUGCAUGCACGGGGAGUUUCUUUCAUGGUCGAUAACUGUUCAACAACAGCUCGGUUGGGAUCAAGGAAAUGGGCUCCACGAUUUGAUUACAUCCUUACUCAGCAGGCCUUAGUUUCCGUGGACAAUGGUGCACCCAUCAACCGAGACCUCAUCAGCAACUUCAUGUCAGAUCCAGUGCAUGGAGCCAUCAAAGUAUGCGCUGAACUGAGACCUACAGUUGACAUUUCAGUGACUGCUGAUGCAGAUUUUGUGCGACCAGAGUUGCGUCAGAGCAACUAAAACUCGACGAACCUACUGCCCGAGCUGGCCUAUGAAUUCCGUUUAGCUCCAUAUUUAAGGUGUGCUGUAGUUUGUCCUAGUUUAUUCUGUUUUUACUGAUCAUGUGUACUUCAUCACAUUGCAAGUUGUGUUUAACGCUGAAUGUUGUGUUAUGAUUUUGCGGUAGUACCAAGUAGUUAAAAUAUUAAUAAUGUUACUGCGGAUGGUGGUUCCUUAGAAGGUCUGGUUAUUGGUUUA